AUGGAAUAUGUAAUGAUAGUUUAUGAAGGAUUGAUGUUUUAUGAUUUUGGAUGUAUAUUGAAAUAUUUAAUCACUAUUUAUUUAUUUGUUUUGAUGAGAAGAUUGUUUUUGUUCAUAAAUUUGUAUAUCACAAUGGAGUUAUUGAUUUGUAAGGAUGAGAUGGGACUCACAAUACAAAUUGACAAAUCUGUUUAGAUACCAGAAUACAAUUGUACUCUAAAUGUGAAUAAUGAGAAAUUAAUGAAUAUGACAUCUUCUGGUGCUUAACUUAAAGUAAUAGGAACUGAAUUGCUAUUGACUUAAAAUGUUAUGCUGAUAGGAUUUAAGGUUGUUGAAUUCCAGAACAUUACAAUAGACACCUUAACAGACUCAAUAAACAUAAUAGGUCCAGUUCUGCUCUAGAAAGUCAUUCUUCUUAGGAAUUGUUAAAUAAGUAGUACUAAAAUGUAGAUACGUGAUUCUUAGAUGAUAGGAAUGACAUUUUAAAAUAAAACAGCAUUUCAAUCUUCAAUUGAUGUAGAUGGAUUAUUCAUUUCAGAUAGCACUUUUUUUAGAAGUUAACUAAGUUCAUAGAUGAUCUAAUUAAGAAAUGUUAUUAUUGAUUAAGUAAGUUUUAUCAAUUCAACAUUAUCACCUAAAACCUAUGUGAACAGAUUAACUCUCAAUAAUUCAUUUGUUGUUUAAAGCAUUUUGAUUGAGACAGAUAUUUCACAAGAAAUCACAAUCUAAAAUACCUAUUUAACUCUCUCAACUGGAAUUUUGGCUAAGGGUGCUCUUUACACUAAAAUUCUCAAUGUAACUCUAUCUCAAAGUAUUUUGAUACGAGUACAAAGUCAAAACUAAAUCAAGCUCUCUAGUUUAAAUAUUAAUAAUGUAGUAUCAGAUUCACAAUUGAUUAUAGCAGAAAGUCAAUAUGUCUAUAUAUAUAAUAGUACAAUAAUGGAAGUUGAGUGUAAAGCGUUAUUCUCUAUUGAUAGCCAAAAUAUAUUUCUCCAGUAAAUCAUCAUAUCAACUUUGGUUGGGCCAUUAUUAAUAUCAAUAUCUAAUCAAACUAAUGUAAUGCUUAAUUACUUCAAUAUAUCUAAUAAUUAAUAAAAAGGUCUAUUUUAAAUUAAUGGAGCUUUAUCACUUUCAAAGGGUAAUUUUAAUUCCUUAUUUGGAAUAUUAAUUAAUUCAAUAACAAUUACAGAAUUGAAUAUUGAUUAAGUGGAAUUUAAAUAAAUCAAUAAUUCAAUACUGGUUAAUUUAAAAGAAACUUCCCUUAUUUAAUUAACUAAUAUUAUAAUAGAAGAUUGUUUUUCAAUUUAAAUUGCAAAAUUAGAAACUAUUGUUUAUUUAAUGAUUCGUAAUCUAACAAUUAAUAAUUGCUAUGAAUGCAAUUUCUUAACUUUGAAUGCUACUUAAGCAGAUCUAAUUUAUAUUAAAAUAUUUGAAAUUAGUAAUUUUCUUAAUCCAUUAAUUUAAGCAUUUGAAACUGAUAUAAAUAUCAAAGGAAUGUAAUUAAAUAAUAUCACAUAUAAUAAUAAAGAGUUAAUAAGUAUAUAAAAUUGUACAAAAUUAAUAUUCAAUGAUCUACAAUUUACAAAUAUGGAUUGCCCAUAUUGUGAUGGUAUCAUAAUGAUUAGAUAGAGCAAUUAGAUAGAAAUAUCUAAGUCAAUAUUCAAAAAUACACAAAGUUUUUUUGGUUUUAUUAAUAUUUAAGAUUCUAACAAUUUUUGUGCUUAUAAUAAUACUUUUACUAAUAUUUCAGCAAAUUAAGGAUCUGCUUAUGCUAUAUAUAAUACAGCAAUUAAAAUACAUGGAAAUCAAUUUAUUGAUCUAGUAUCUCCAGAUGGAGGUGUGAUCUACUUAAAGUAAUCAUCAGGAUUAUCCCAUUAUAUUUAAUAGAAUUUAUUUAAUAAUUGUUCAAUGAAGACUAAUAAACAUAUAUUUAUACUUACAAAUUAAAUAGUAGAACCUGAUAUCUUAACUUAUGUAACAGGGCCUGUGUAUUUAGUUGUUAAUAAUAAUAGUUAUUUAUUUGAUAAUCUGAUAAAAAGAAAGGAGAUCAUACAUAAAGAUAAUUAUAAGAGUGGAUAGACAUUAUAAUUGAGUAUAUCCAUUUUAGAUAGUGGAUAGAAUAAAAUAUGUGAUUUAAUUGAUUAUCUAACUAUUGAAGAGUAGAUUUUUGAAUUUGAUUAAUUGGAAUGUCAAUAUGAUGUUUCAUAUAAUUAUUAUUAAAAACUACCAAAAAAUGAAACUAUUUAAAUUCUACUUGAAUUUUAAUCAUUUAAGUUUUAUAAUGAUACAUUUAAAUUACCAAUAUAUUUAAAUCUCAUUUAAUGUGAGAUAGGAGAAGAAUGGGAAAAUUAAUCAUGUCUUAGAUGUCCACCUGGAUCAUAUAGUUUAGAUAAUUUUAAUCAUUGUUUAUAGUGUUUAACUUCAAUAGAAUCAUGUCCUGGAGGUUCAGAAUUAAUUUUGAAAUAGGGAUAUUGGAGAGCCAAUAAGAGUACAGAUAGUAUAGAAUAUUGUUAAUCAUCUGUGUCUUAAUGUUUAGGUGGAUCAAAUGAAUUCACUUGUAGUUAAGGUUAUACUGGAGCAUUAUGUGAUGAUUGUGAUUAUUAUGCAGAACAUUGGAAUAAUUCUUAUACUCGUGGUUUUGGAGGUAAUUGUACAAUUUGUGAGAAUGAUGUCUUCAAUAUUUUUAAGAUUAUAUUUUCUUUCUCUUGGAUCCUUAUUGCUUUAUUUAUAUCGAUUAGAGGAAGUUUAAGAUUAGUUAGAGCAUAAUUAUCAGCUCAUUAUCUAAGAAUGAUGGGUAUAUUCUUUGCUACUAGAUCUACUAUGGUGAUUGAUCAAACAGAAAUUUUAAUUAAACUAUUUUCAAGUUAUUUUCAAUUAAUAUCAAUAGUAUAAGUUAUUGAUUUUGAUUUUCCAACUCCAAUAGAAGUAAUUGCAUAAGCUAUUGGUAAUCCUUUAUCAACUUUGGGAUACUCUAUUGAAUGUUUCUUAUUGAAUUCAUAACUGUAAAUGGAAAUAGUGUAUUUGAGACAAUUUUGGAAUCUUUUUGUAUCACUUUUAUUUGUGUUUUCAUUUGUAUUGAUAUACUAUCUUAUUCAUUUAUGUAAACGAAAUUAAAUGGAAAAUUCAAUUAAAACUAUAUUCAUUUCUUGUCUUAUCUAAAUCAAUUUUUAUUUUCAAGGUGAUAUUAUAGAGGGUCUAUUACAAUUAAUGUUUUGCAUAAAGGCAUCUGGACAAUAUUACAUUUUAGCAGCUACAUCAUAUAUGUGUUAUACUGAAGAAUAUUAUCUUUAUCUUAAGAUACUUAUUAUACCUACAUUAAUUAUUGUUGGAAUAGUGUCUCCCCUUUUUUAUAUCAUUAAAUUAUUCUAAAACAAGAAUAAAUUAUGGACUUGUCAAUUACGUAUGCCAUAUGGAUAUUUAUAUGUGGAAUAUAAAGAUAAUUAUUAUUACUGGGAAUUUGUAUGUUUCUUUAUUAAAUCAUUAUUUUAUCUAUUGGAAACUCUUUUGAUCUAAGAUAUAAAAUUAAUGUUCCUAUUUGCUAUACUUAUUCUCCUUAUCUAUUUAGAAUUACUUAAUAAACAUUAUCCUUAUAUUGAGAAAUAGUACAAUUUUAUUGAUAAGAUAUCAACACAAUUAGCAAUGAUUACUUUAAUUUUAUCAUAUAGUUAAGAUAAUAAUCCAUAUACUGAAUUAGUUUACAUAUUAUCAAUAUUGUGUUCAAUACUUAAUUUAUUAUAUUGUACUUAUAUAUUUUCAAAGAUCAUAAGAGAAUACUUGUCAAGUCUAAAAUAAUAACAUAUUGAAAGAAUUGUUAAUCUUAUUAUUCGUUAUCCUUGCAUUAAAUAUUGUAUUAAAAAGCCUAAGAAUUAUCAUAAUAGAAGAAAAGCUUGUUUGUUAUGGAAGAAAGUUAGAGUAUAUGUAAUGGAAUUUAUAGAGAAAUUAAAAUUGUAGAAAUCUAACAAUAAUCUUAAUUAAGAUUACUAAAUACAAACAAGUACACAUCGACCAAACACAUCAUCCACUAAUACUUCUAUUAGUUUACUUAAUUCAAUGGCACCAUAAUUAUUAAAAUAUAUGUAAAAUAUAUUAUAUAUUAUUUAAUAGAAAACACAAUAAAAAUAAGUCCAGAAUUCAAUAAGAAACUCAUAGUCUAUCAUCUAAAAAGAAUCUGGAUUAAAAUGAUUUCAGCAGUGUAGUAUCAGCAUAUAUAAAUCCAAAUGUUGAUGAUGAAACUCCAUAGUUUCCAAAGAAGAGUACUGUCUCAAGUAUUUUUUCUUAUGUAGUCAAUAAUCAUGGGUAAACUCCAUUGUGA